ACGUCAAAAGGUAUUUAAGUAAAAAGGGGUUGCCUUUUAAGGCCCAUCUUUUAAUUGAUAAUGCACCAGGACAUCCUCAAGAUUUACAACACGAAAAUGUGCAAGUUGUAUUUUUACCCAAGAAUAUGACUUCUUUAUUGCAGCCGUUAGAUCAAGGGAUAAUUUCGACUUUUAAGGCACUGUACAUCAAGCGAACCUUCAGCUACGCCAAGGACUUCUGUAUGCCCUCCGCCAAGGCCGUGCGAGUCUGGCUAUGUGUUAAGCAUGUUGGAGUGUCAUAUACCGAGAUUAAGCAAUCAACGCUCAAUGCCUGCUGGAAAAAAUUAUGGCCAGAUGUAGUUGAAGGUGAAAAUUCUAGAUUACCAUUGGAACAUGAAUAUUCUCAGAUAACGGAGAUGGCGCAUACAACGGGAGGAGAAGGUUUCGAGGAUUUUGCUGAGGCAGAUAUUGUAGAACUAAUGGCGGGCAAAGAACUAGAUGAGGAUGAUUUAGUUGACAUGGUUAAUGAAACAAAUGAUCGUGCAGUGAUCCUGAUGAAGAGGAGUCUGAACCAGUUGCGUUCACAGAAAAAGUCAUCCGUGAAGGACUUGAAUUAG